CCCCUCGAAAAGAGAGAGAGAGUGAGAGAGAAGGUGGCUUCUUCACCAUGAAGGCAAGCAAGCUCCCUCGUGACAAGAUUCAUUUGACCGGCAUUGGCUCUCUUACUUUGUGACAAGCUUAGGGCAUGGCAGUUGGGGGACGGAAGAGGGUUUACUGUUUCUCGUUCGGUGAAGGUCGCGUCUGAAUUUCAUCGCCCACUUGCCAUGAAGGAGUUGAAGCUUGUUGGCAACUGCAGUUGUAUGAAUGGAUGAUAUGCCCGUUUUGGGUAUCUUUAGAAUUGUCCGUUACUUUGUUCAGAGCGUUCGAAAUUGCCAAGAGUGUGCAGCAUGUAAGUUUCUAGUAUCCAUGGUCCGUUGAUUCGGUACAACUCUGCUUUGCUUCGCGGCUGGCUAGCGAGUUUUAUGCUUCUGACAUUGCAUCAAUUUCAACGGAUAAUCGCUUGCAUGGGCAAGACUAAAUCUAAACUAGCUAUGGAAUCCUAAUUUGUAAACGUUUUCGACUUUCUACCUGUUGGGGUAUGAGGUGAGCACUCGCGGAACAUAAAAGCAUGGUGAUAUGAAUUGAUUAGGGUUUACGAAAGGACAUCGAUUUGUUCAUGGCAUGGUUUAUCAAGAGGAGGUUCAGCUUAAGUUAUGAGUGCAUGAGAGAAUUGUAGAAACAUGUCCCUGAAAGCUUUCAAAGAGUCGCUAGACAUAUACAACGCUCGGUCAAGCAGUAGUCGAAUUGUCUCUGCAUCGCCUAUGAAAGUUGGACAACAACGAAACAUUGAGAUUGAACCUGCUGUUGUUCGACAACCUCUAAAAACAAGUCUUAGAGAACAAUUUGCCGCCCUUGAUGGCUUUCCGGAAACCCGUCUGCCAUCAGUUUUCAGUGCAUCCCCAAGUCGGCUUAAUUCAUGUCCACCACCACUAGCAUUGCGGAAUAUUGAGCAACCAAUUGCCGUUAAGUGUCAAUCGGCGUCUACAGAGACCUCGGAUUUGGGUUGUAAGAGGCCUUUAUCGCACGGCAUUGGUUUGCAGAAGUGCAAUGGUGAGGUUGUGAAGUCUGAGGAGGAUCUUGCAGAGAUCGAGGAUAGGUACACGCAUAUGCCAAAGCGCCGGAAAGUGGAAAUCAACUACACUGAAGAAACAACUGUAGCAGAAGAGGAUCUGACAAUCCCUGAUAGCGAGGCUGGAUUGUUCAUACAGUCGGAGAAGGAAGGGCUCUAUGAACCCUUAGUACUGUGGCCACCCCCAGGAGAAGGCUCCUCGAGUGGGGUGGAAGAUGGUAGGGUUGUGCAAGUUCCCGCCUCGAUCAAUUCAAGGCUUCUUCCGCACCAGCGUGAUGGUGUGAAGUUCCUCUAUAAUCUCUAUAGAGAGGGUAGAGGUGGCAUUCUUGGAGAUGACAUGGGGCUAGGAAAAACAAUUCAGACGAUAUCCUUCAUUGCGGCACUUCUGCAACGAGACGGCGAAAUUAGGGCCAUCCGUUCUUUGAGGCUGUUGCCGGAGAGUGGAGUUGACAAGGGUGUUGUCCCUUUUCACGAAGUAUUUCUCAUCCUGUGUCCCACGUCCGUGCUGCAAAAUUGGGAGCAGGAGUUUCAAGCAUGGGGCUCCUUCAAGGUGGGGAUCUAUCAUGGUGUGAAUCGGGACGCCAUCAUGAAGAAAGUUCAGGCAGAUGAGCUGGAGGUGCUAUUGACAAGCCAUGAUAUGUUUCGGUUGAAUGUGACUACCCUUUGCGCAAUCAAGUGGGACUGCGUUAUUGUAGAUGAAGCUCACCGGUUAAAAAAUGAGAAAUCUCAGCUUUAUAAGGCUUGUUAUCAAAUAAAGACAAGGCGUCGGUACGGUCUAACAGGAACGAUUAUGCAAAAUAAAUACAUUGAGCUUUUCAAUGUUUUCGAUUGGGCUGCUCCCGGUUGCUUGGGUCCUCGCGAACACUUCUUGGAGUAUUAUGGAGAGCCUUUGAAGCAAGGUCAGCGUAUUAGUGCACCAGAACGUUUCGUACGCAUUGCUGAGGAACGCAAGCAGCAUCUGGUGAAAGUUCUUGGCCGUCAUCUACUCCGUAGAACGAAACAAGAGACCAUUGGUCAUCUUAUGCGAGGCAAAGCCGACAAUGUGGUGUUCUGUAAGAUGAGUGAUUUACAGAUUCAAGCGUACAGACGGUUGCUUCGAAGUCCUGAUUUCCAGCUUCUUAUCAGCAAGGACUUGCCAUGUACCUGCGGCAGUCACUUAACUCGUGUAGAAUGUUGCCAUCGUACAGCUCCUGAUGGGGUUAUUUGGUCCUACUUGCACCGGGAAAACCCUGAUGGUUGUGAAUGUUGCCCUUUAUGCAUCGUUCUUCCAUGCUUGAUUAAGCUGCAGCAGGUGAGUAAUCAUCUCGAGUUGAUCAAGCCUAGUUCAAAGGAUGACCCAGAAAAGCAGAAGAAAGAUGAGCAAUUUGCUUCAGCUGCAUUAGGCGAGGAUGCAGUGCUGGUUGGCGGACUACAGCAGGAUGAGAGCUUCAUGGGAAUGAGUGACGCUCAGCACUGCGGCAAAAUGCGGGCUUUGGAGAAACUGCUUGAAACAUGGCUUUCAAAAGCAGACAAGGUCCUCCUUUUCAGCUGUUCUGUAAAAAUGUUGGAUAUUUUGGAUAGGUUCUUAGUACGGAAAGCUUACAGCUUCUGCCGCCUUGAUGGAUCUACUCCGAUGGGCGUUCGGCAGACUCUUGUAGACAGUUUCAAUAACAGCCCUAGCAAGCAGGUAUUUUUGAUCUCAACUCGGGCUGGUGGAUUGGGACUCAACCUUGUCAGUGCCAACAGAGUGGUUAUUUUCGAUCCCAACUGGAACCCCGCUCAGGAUCUCCAGGCUCAAGAUCGGUCAUUCCGUUACGGACAACGACGGCAUGUUACUGUGUACAGACUGCUAGCUGCAGGUUCAAUAGAGGAGCUUGUUUAUUCUCGUCAGAUCUAUAAGCAGCAACUUUUCAACAUUGGUGUCAAUGGCACAUCGGAGAAGCGCUAUUUUGAAGGUGUACAGGACUCUAAACUCUACAAGGGUGAGCUUUUUGGAAUUAGCAAUUUGUUUCGGGAUCUUUUGGAGACAGUUUUCACUAGUGAAAUUAUCGAAAAUCAUGAAGAAAGACUCACAGGCAUCCAUCGAACCAGUUCUGAGCAAUGUGCCAAACAAGGACUCCUGGGCGAGCAUGCUGUAAGCAGCAAACUUGAGAUUGAAGACGACAUUGAAAACAGCGAAUUGUCGGCUCUUUCCCAAGAGCAAGAUGGGAUUGAAGAUGAGAUUGAGUCCCCGAACGACACCCAAAGCUGUUCUGAAAGCCAAUACGAGCAUAUCUUGAAAGAUGCAGGUGUUCUUUACGCACAUCGAAAUGAGGAGGUAGUGAACCUUGGCGGAGCUGUGCAAAAGCACAAGAGACCAAAGACUAAAGAACAGAUUUGUUCAAUGAAUGAUCCGAAAACCUUGAUACCCAGUUUUGUAGUUGAUGAACACCAACGCUUGGCAACACCUUCAACCUUGAAAAUUCUAUCAGAAAACGGCCAAGAAGAUGAUACUGUUGGGCAGAAAAGAAAGUAUGAAGAAAUAUUCAAGUUAGAGGAAAUGGAUGAAACCACAAAAUGGUUUCUGUCGGGAAGUUCACUCUGUCCAACUCAAUCGAUCGAUUGUUGUAAAGCUGUUUUCAAAUAACUCCAGCAAGCUGCUGGGGAUAUCUCUUGAGGUUGGGUGUUUGGAGCAGAACAACUUCACAGUCGAUUGCCAACCAAAAGAGUUUUUGUAAAAUUUAGGGGUACAGAAGUUUUUUCCGACUCUGCAUUUAAGUCUAGCAUUUAAAGUCAUUUAAAGUCAUCAACACUUGAGUUUUGUAUAUAUUGUAUAUAUUCAAAUGAAUUAUGUUAAAAAUCAUCAGAAAGUUUGUAAAGCU